CUGCAACUUAAUAUUAUAUAAAUAUCAAUGCAGUAGCUAAACGCAGCCGUCGGGCUCGGCUAUUAUUCGGAGGCUUUUUAAAAGCACCAAUAGGAGCGCUCCACAUAAUCUGUAUCGCGGCCAAUUGGAAGCUUUUAAAUCUAAACCUUUUGUACUGAUCAAGUAAAAUAUUGCAAAUCACUCUUGCAUCAUCCUCCAUACUUUCAACACCUACUUUCUACAUUGAACCGUUUUGGCAAGAACCCUUGUAAACCAGUACCUUUGGGAAAAUUAUACUUCACUUCAUUAUAAAUCGAAGUUUUAUUUAAGUCGUCGACAUCCUGACCUGCACGGCGGCUACAUAUGGUCCUUCGCAGCCUUCAAGACAAGGGCAGACUUGACCAACAACGGGUUCAUCGUGGAAGUGGACUUUGACCAAUCUUCGCAACCGUCUUCGUUGUCUUCAGUUUCUUCGGCUUAGGAAGAACACGCAACAGACGUUGAAAACGAGGGGUCCCAGCGUUUACCGGCAUAAGGAAAGCGUUCGUUGGACUUCCACCACAUCAAGACAUCAAGGACUUCAGUUCCAGUACAUUGCAUCACCUGAAUACGUAGGACUAAACAGAGUGAGUUCGUUCCAAUUUCCUUCAAUUUCCCUUCUAUACCUAUUUUUCUUGGAAUUAAGAAUAGCUCUAUACGUGUCAGGCACAAAUAAUUCAUUUUCAUACAAAAUCAUAAUUCAUCGCAAUAAAAUAGCUUAACUUCAUAUCAACUUUGUUAUAAAAAUCCUACUAAAUAUUAAAAAGCCGUCUCCAUCGCUUAUUAUCUUCGCCUCAGUAACAUAAUUUUUUUGCUAAAUCAUCACAUUUCGCGCGCAGCUGCUUAUCUACUCCGCUUCUUUGUUCUCGUCAGUUGCAUUUUAACUCGUUAGUGUUCACACUUCUCUUACGCAUAGAUGGAGAUUGAAGCGUUAACUGAGAAACCCGACGAGGCAUAUGCGGAGCGGGAGCAGUUUGAAAGCCAGUUCUUUAUGUUGGUCUCGACUGCUCGACUUCUUUUGAGCCCUACGGUGCAGUCGAGCGGCGGUCGGGCCGGAUCCGGGUCCGCGGCUUCCACGUCAUGCGGCGGCGGCCGGCAUGACUUCGUUCGUCUGCCCAAGAUUGAUCUGCCUCACUUCGAUGGGAACUAUCAGCAUUGGCUCGGCUUUAGAGAUACGUAUAUUUCCCUUAUUCAUAAUAAUCCCGCUAUCAACGACAUAAGCAAAUUUCACUAUCUUCGUGCAUCUUUAAAAAGCAGUGCCGCCCUUGUGAUUCAAAGUCUUGAUUUUAGCAGUGAUAACUAUCAUAAAGCGUGGCAAUUAGUUUCGGAGCGGUAUGAUAACCCGCGCCUUUUAAUUAAUAAUCACAUCCAGGCCUUGUUUAACCUUGAACCUAUGCAACAUGAAUCGAGCUCUUUGUUACGUAACAUGGUGGACGUAACUAAUAAAAAUUUGCGUGCGCUUGGCACCUUAGGGGAGCCUACCGACCAUUGGGACACCUUAGUUAUCUACAUAAUGUCUAAGAAGUUAGAUCUAGUAACUAAGCGUGAGUGGGAGGAGCACAGAAACCUUUUAACAGGUUCGCCGACGUUGCAGCAAUAUAUUACAUUUUUAAACAACAGGGCCGACUUACUUGAAUCUCUUGGCGAUAAUUACGUCAAUAAUAUUGGUCAAAAAACAUCUAAACAUAAAUUUCAAUUGCAUUCACAAAGCGAGCCACAAAAGACGCAUAAUUAUCUUACAACUACUAAUAAUAAUUCUUAUCGCAAACCUAUUGUUUGCCCUUAUUGUAAGCAUGACCAUUUCUUAUUUACAUGCGAAUCCUUUCGUAAAUUAGAUGUUGAUAAUCGAAUAAAAAAUGUAAACGGUUACUCAGUAUGUAAGAACUGUCUUCGCCCGGGACACUUAGAAAAACAAUGUGUGUUAUCUCAUUGUAAAUAUUGCAAACUUAAGCAUAACACUCUUUUGCAUAAACAUGUUGACAAAGCAUCUUCUAGCAGUGACGUUCCGGUGCCAGAUGUUCACUUUAACGGCAAUAUACAAACAAAAGUGUUUACCCCUACUGAGACUUCCGGACUACUGUCCACAGCGUUGGUGCACGUGAGUGACGCGAACGGAGUGCUUCGUGAGGCGCGUCUGCUUCUGGACAACGGUGCUUCCUCCAACUUCGUGACGCGAGAUCUGUGCGGACAGCUUGGGUUAGCGACAAGCAGCGCGGGAGCUACGAUCACAGGUAUCAAUGAGCAGCUUUCACAUUGUCCGGAGUCUUGCAAUAUUACAAUUCAGUCACUCAAUAGUAACUAUACGACGACCGUAAACUGUUAUGUUGCCGAAGUAAUAAAUAAAUCUCUGCCGCCAUGUCGCAUAGAUCUUACCAAUAUACCUAUUCCUGCCGGCAUCACAUUGGCAGACCCAUCAUUUUAUGAGCCUUCCGCUAUUGAUAUUUUGGUCGGGGCGGAAGUAUUUUGGGACGUCUUAGGUUCCGCGAAUAUAAAAUUAGGUAAAAAUAAACCUCAAUUACGUGAAACAUCGUUAGGUUGGAUCGUGUGCGGUUCCAUACCUGCCUACAAUACAAACAUAAACGAAUCUUAUUUUUGUUCGUUCCUCACACAUAAUGAGGAAACUAAUCUUACCCGGUUUUGGGAAUUAGACUCGGUGUCUUCUAAACAUUGCAUGUCUCAUGAAGAGCAAGCGUGCGAAAAAAGUUUCUUAGAUAAUACCAUUCGCGAUCAAGAUGGCCGCUUUGUUGUGACGUUACCUUUAAAAGAGUCACCGGAUGUACUUGGCGACUCAUAUCAAAUGGCCAAGCGCCGUUUCUUGGCAUUGGAGAAACGGCUCGCACGCGAUCCUGUCUUAAAAAACUUAUAUUCUGAUUUUAUUCGCGAAUACAUCGACUUAGGCCACAUGAGCGAACAUCAAUCAUCAUCAUCGUCAUCAUUUGAGCCACCAGAAAAAAUAUUUUGUGGCGCGUUGCUUAGUGCAAGACUCUGGGCAAAGGUCAUUUCGUCACUGACCGUGAAGGUUGAUCAUAGUUACUUUUGGUCUGACUCUAUGAUCGUGCUGGGCUGGUUCGCAGGGCCGUCUAGUCGACUGAAACCGUUCGUCCGCAACCGUGAGAUUCGAGAGAGCACUCGUGGACAAACAUGGAGCUAUGUACCCUCAAAGCUAAACCCGGCAGAUCUAGUGUCACAAGGAAUGAAGGCUGAUGACCUCAGCAUCUCCACACUAUGGUGGACAGGUCCAGAUUUUUUGCAUCAUUCCAUUAUUCAAUUUCCUCUGACACCUAAUACAAACGCAGAUAAUCUGCCAGAAGUGUCAUUACAUACAAACGCACAGGCAAACAUAAACGAAAAUGACAAUCUUAUAACUAAACUUAUCAAUAAUCCGGCUCGAAGGACCAUAUGCUAUAAGCUAUAA